AUGGAAGAACAUGAAAACAUCAUUAAACAAACAGACCGAGGAUCGAUCAACACCGUACUUCACCUGGCUGCAAGAUUCGGGCACGAGGAAUUGGCGUCGGAGAUCAUAAAAUCGUGUCCAGAGAUGGUUUCCUCGGAAAAUGUAGACCUGGAAACGCCAUUGCACGAAGCAUGCAGAGAAGGGCAUUUGGGGAUGAUCAAACUUCUUAUGGAAAGGGAUAAGUCGAUUGUUUAUAAACUGAAUUCUCGUGAACAAAGCCCGUUUUUCGCAGCUUGUGAGAGGGGGAAUAUUAAUGCAGUGAAGCAUCUGAUGAAUUUUCCUCGACUGUUUUCGCUGGAGGUGAAUAUGUCCACCAGUUCAAUUCAUGCUGCUGCUUCUUCCGGGCAUACGGAAAUAGUGAAGGAAAUAUUGAGAAUCCAACCAGACUUUGCUUUUAAAAAGGACCUUGAUGGGCACACACCGCUCCAUGUAGCGUGCAGCGAAGGCCAUUUAGAUGUAACAAGAGAAAUUCUAAAGCUGAAUUCAGAACUCUCCUCUGUACAAGAUAGAGAAGGCAAAACACCCCUCCAUUAUGCUUCUGUUGGGCAUACGGAAAUAGUGAAGGAAAUAUUGAGAGCCCGACCAUACUCUGCUUUGGGAAAGGACUUUCAUGGGUGCACACCGCUCCAUGUAGCGUGCAGCAAUGGCCAUUUAGAUAUAACAAGAGAAAUUCUAAAGUUGGAUUCAAAGCUCAAUUCAAAUCUCUCCUCUGUACAAGAUAGUGAAGGCAACACACCCCUCCAUUAUGCAGUAGUUGAAGGCAGAAUAAACAUAAUUGAUGAAAUACUUUCUGCAAAUUUUGGACCUGCUGUGAUUACUACAUUAAAGGAGGAAACAAUUCUGCAUUUGGCUGUCAAAAAUAAUAAAAUUGAAGUGGUUAAGCACUUAAUGGAGAAGUUUGACAUGUCAAAACUUCUUAACUUGCAUGAUAGUGAUGGGAACACUGUUCUGCACUUGGCUACUGCAGGACCUCUCAGUGAGGAAAGAUUUCUAGCUCUUUGA